UUGUAGUUAUUUUAAUACAGCACAAUAUAUAAUAGUAAAAAAUUAAAUUAAUGGAAUAGCAAAUUUACAUGACAUUUUGUCAUUAAAAAAAGAAUUUAGCACGUAUGUAUGUACAAGAAUGUUAAAGAUUCGUCGUUCUACAUGGAAAUUUAAAGAAUCUGUUAACACAGGCGCCGUGGCGCCUACAAGAUUCCAAAACGAAACAUAAAGAUGGAAAAAAUUAAAUGUAUUUCAAAACAAGAACAAGAACAAGAACUACGCGAUAAAUUUAUAAAAUUACAUAUCAUAUCGUGUUGAUUUACAUAACAUUAUUAUGUUGAUGUUAACGUAGGCUUAAAAAAAUGCGUCAGCUGUAAUCGUCAGAAAUAUAGUUGUUGAGUGGGUGUCAAACGAAUACGCCUAUCGUCAGUAAAAAAUCAUGGUGAGGUAAACAGACGAUGGAGUAACUUCAAGAAAUAUGUAAUUACAUGUUUGAAAAUCCAAUUCUCUCUUACUUUUGUACAAUAUGGAGCUUUUAAUACAAAUAUUUUUAUUUGUUUUGAAUCAUUAUAUGUAUAUUGAUUUCAUUGAAAGAUUUUGUUAAAUAAGUUAUAUACAUGUUUAUAAAGGAAAGUUUAGUUAAUUGUAACUUACUAUAAAUUAGUUCUGUUACAGUAUUGUACAUAUAAUGUAUUUUAAUUAUAAAAAAAUAUAGAGCAUUGAUAUAUUAUUUUAUAAAGAUGCAUUUCUCUAUACCAGAUACACAAGAAUUUAUUGAUACAGCUGGUAAUACCUAUGUGGGUUACAAUAUCCAUAUAAAUGGUUUAUUUCAUUGUACAGUGAGAUAUAAACAACUACAUAGUCUUCAUGAGCAAUUGACAAAGGAUUUAAAUAUAAGUCUUCCAUCGUUCCCACCAAAAAAAUUUUUUCCUUUAACAACAAAUCAACAAGAAGAACGUCGUUUUUCUUUGGAAAAAUAUAUCCAGUCAAUUGGACAAAAUGCAGUGGUUAAUAAUUCAGGAAUGUUAAAUGGAUUUUUAUUGAAUGCUCAACAAGAAACUGUAGGAGGACCGUGCAAUGAUGAAGUUAUGGAUAUUUUUCUCAUGAAUGGCAGCAAAAUAAUAGUCAAUGUUUCCACAGGAGAUCAUUCUAGUAAUGUUUUAAGGAAAGUGUGUCAACAUCUUAAACUACCAGACCAAUAUCAUUCUUAUUUUGCAUUAUUUAUUGUUGCUCAAGAUGAAGACAAUAGUAUUUAUUUCUUGAGAAAAUUACAAGAUUUUGAAUCCCCUUUUAUAACAAAUAAACACAUGCAUGUUAUAGGAAGUAGAGUUGUACUUGGGAGAAAUUACUGGGAUGUGGGGUAUGAUGUUAAACUAAUGAAUAAUUCAGUGGCAAUGAAUUUGUUAUAUAUACAAGCAGUUGCAGAAGUUCAAAGAGGCUGGAUUCUUGUUACAGAUGAAUUGAAAAAUCAAUUAACUACAUUACAAAAUUAUGAAAAGAAAAGAGAAUAUGUGGAUUUAGUCCGUAGUUUAAAAUACUAUGGUUAUAUUCAGUUUGCUCCAUGCCUCUGUGACUAUCCUCGUUCAGAUACAAAAGUAUUAGUUGCUAUAGGAAGAAACGAAUUGAAUUUGCGUAUAUUAUCUGAUGAAGGAAAACGUGAAGAAAUGUUUAAAGUUUCACGAAUGCGUUGUUGGCGUAUAACUACACUACAAAAUGGAGCUGAAAGAAGUGAAGAAAAUGACGAUUUUAGCUUAGAGUUAUCCUUUGAAUAUUUAGUAGCUAAAAAUGAACUACAGUGGAUUACAAUUAUUUCGGAACAAGCUAUUUUAAUGUCCGUAUGUUUGCAAGCUAUGAUUGAUGAAUUAUUACUAAAAAAUGAUGGUGGUAAUAAAACUCAGGAAGUAUCUCAAAAAUCUUGGACGUAUGUUAUGAGAGAUGGACAAAGCGUCAUAAUGGGAUCAAGCUCCAAUGAAUCUGAAGAAAGUAAAAAGAAUCAUCGUAUCAAAGAAUCUUCAAGAUCAGAACCAAUUAUGAAAAAACUUGCAGAUAAAUUAUCAAUAGUAAAAAUGAAAAAAUCUAAUGAUGCUAAAAGUAACAUAAGUAACAAAUCUCAAGGAAAAUAUCCAUUGGAACAUGAUGUUAUGGAAAACAAUGCAUUUCGUAUGAUCGGCGAUGAUGAUUUAUAAUUACGAAGGGUGAUUUCAGCUAUUCUGAAAAACAUUUUAAAACAAAGUAUAUUUUUUCUAAACUGCAAUGAAACGAUGCAAAUUUAUAGAUUUUUUACAUGAAAUGUAGUAAAACAAAUAUUUUACUUGUAUGCUACUAUCAUGAUCGUUUUAUUCAUAUAAAUUUCGAAAAAUUUAUCAGUUAUUUUUAAGAUUUAUAAAAAUAAUAUAGAAAUUAAGGGCUUGAAAAUUUGUAACAAGGUUUUUCUAAUAUAUAUACACACGUUGAUAAUAAAGAGGGCAUAACAAGUAUGCAAACUUCAUGGAAGAAUGAAUGCGUCUUGAACGAAACUCAGUUUACGGAAAGUAUCGAAGAAAGUUUUAAAAUGGAUGAAAUAAAAGAACUUAAAUAACUUAGAAUACAUUUUAUUAUUAAAAUCAAAUAUGCAAAAGGCAGUGAUUUUAUACUGAUUUUAUCCGCUUUUGUUUUAAAUAAAAAUCAUUAAUAUAUUUAAUUUUAAUACUUUUAAAUGAGACUAAUUCGUGUAUUACGCUGUAUAAUCAGUUUAUAAUUCUAACUAGAUAGGUAAUCAUUUGUUGGAAAAACGAAUUUCUGCCUUCAGUCUGUAUAUUUUGCCCAAACAUAUAGAGAAUGGUACAAUUUAUGAGAAAAAUGUAAAGUUAAAACGACUUCCUAAACAAAUAAUUGUAAACUGUAAUACAAAAGGAUAAUAAUUUUCUAAUACGCAAAAUAAAAACAUUCGCUAUGGUCCUAUGAAAUAGACUUCUACACGUGUACAUUAUACUCAUAAAUAUUAUAGAUCUCUAUUUCAUGGACUAUUAGAAUCUUUAUAGAAAAAAAUUUUUAUCGUACUUCUUAAUGAUGGAUAAUAGGUAAUUAUAUGGAAAUGCAUAAUUACUUUUUUUUUUUUACAACUUCAUUUCCGCAUGUUGUUUGCAUUUUAGUGAUACACGUGGAAGAUGAACAUAGAAAAUUUUUUACUACAAACGUAUUUAUGCUCUAUCAAAUGUAUAAUUCUGCAUAAGUCAAAUUUAUUCAUUUCUAUUAGAUUAUUGCAACAGACGUAUAUUUCGUAUAUCGCAGUGAAUGGUGUGCCCUAUUUUUCAUCAUACAAUAAAGAUAUCUUUUUUUUCUUAAAUAUAACUUAAUUGUCUGUUGGUUUAUCAACAGUAAAAUCCAAUACUAUUAUUUGAAUAAUGUUGUAUGUCAUGGUAGGGCCAUAUAAAGACUGGAUUUAAUAAUUAAUAUUUGAAUCUCUUCUGACCAUAAUGUGCAUAUUUUCUAUAUCAAAAAUAUGUUGUUAUUCUGUAUUGUUAUUUUCUAAAUAAACAGAAAAGUCAGUUCUGGCUAUAGCAUUUAAGUAUUAUAAAUCUAUUUUCGCUACUUAUAAAAUAGCCCAACGUCAGCAAAGAAUUACUCCAUUAUGUCGUAAUAUCCUUAAUAAUAGGUGCAUGCGUUACUGUUUCAUUUGCAGAACUGGUACAAAUAUGCAUUGAAAUCUUUAUUAACGCCGAAAGUAAUAUUAACGUGUUUCAAAAUCUCAAAUGUGAAAAUCGUUUAAAAAAUGCAUUUUAAUAGAAUAAAAAG